GCAGUCUAUAGAAGUCUAGUUAUUUUUUGUAUAAUGGGAAAAUCGUUAUGGUAUCUAUUAUUUUCGUUAUGGGGCUGUGUUGCUUUGUCAUUUAGGGACCCAUGGGAGGACAUUGAGGAUCGAAAAUUUGAAAGUUUGUUAAAGCGUCUAGUUUAUACGAGAAAAGGUUAUAUCACUACUGGGUUGGUUGCCAACGGUUACAAGAGGUAUAUGGGAGUGCCUUAUGGAUUGGUGAAUGCAAGCAAUCCCUUUGGGCCAGCCGAACCUUACCCAGCAUUUAAACAAACAUUCUAUGCAGAAAAAGAAGGCAUUUUAUGUCCACAGAUAAGAAAUGGUAAACCAGUAGGCAUUACUGAAUGUCUUACUAUGAACAUAUAUGUCCCACAAAACCGCGCUGCCUCUAAACUCCCAUUACCAGUCAUGGUUUGGAUUCAUGGAGGAGAAUUUGUGAGUGGUAGUGCUGAAGAUGAAGUUGAUAACCCAACCAGUCUACUAAGACAUGGCAUCAUAGUAGUAGCUGUUAACUAUAGACUUGGUAUCUACGGCUUCAUGUGUCUAGACACACAUGAAGUUCCAGGCAACCAAGGACUCAAAGAUCAGACACUAGCUCUAAGGUGGAUACGUGAUAACAUUGCAGCAUUUGGAGGUGAUCAAAACAAAAUAACAGUCUUUGGCCAAAGCGCUGGUGGUAUGUCUAUUAACAUGCAUUUAUUUUCUUUAAACGAAAAGCUAUUUGAACAAGCAAUUAUACAAAGCGGUUCAGCUCUUAGCUACUGGAUGAUGGUUGAAUCUGACGACACAAUACCUUUGAAACUUGCUGAACAUUUUGGCUACGCAACUUCAGAUAUACAUAAGGCUUUGAAUCAUCUUCGUCGAUCGACAUUCGACACACAUUCUCUUGUAAAGGCUGCUAAUGAUAUGAAAAUUACAAGUGCGUAUUCUACCGAUCAACCAUUUACUAAACCUUGCGUAGAAAAACAGUUUGAAGGUGUCGAGAACUUUAUAACACAGCAUCCUAUGAACAUGAUUUCUGAAAAAGCUAAAGAGAUUCCUAUAAUAAUUGGGCACAACGCAAAUGAAUAUUAUUUUCAAUGUCAUGAUAAGGAUGAGAUAUUUUUUACUUCAUACGAUAUAAGUAAAUUAUUUGAAUUAGGUUUUAAUAUAGACACUGAUUUUAAUGAAGCAAUAAGAGCAGUGGAACACUUCUAUUUUGGCGAUGCACAUAUAGAAAAAGAAGGUGCAACGAAACUUGUAGAUUUUGUUACAGAUUUUAUUUUCGCUCAUCCGACGCAAAGGAUGGCUGAAAAGUUUCUAGAAAGUGGUGCGAAAUAUGUGUACCGUUAUGUUUUCUCAUUCUUCGAAGCGAGUCACGGAGAUGAGCUGCCAUAUUUAUUUGAUUCACUAGUAUCUAAACUUAAUAAGACUGACGGUGGAAUAUUCUGGAAGGAACGAUUGCUAGUGAAACAUCGCAUGGUUAAACUUUGGACGAACUUUGUCAAGCAUGGGCAUCCAUCUCCAGAGCCCGCGGCAUAUCUACCGUUCGUUUGGACUCCAAUAACGAACACUACCCAACCUUACUUGGACAUUGAUCUCGAUUUCAAAAUGAUGAGUAGACCAGAGCACGGAUCAAUGGCAUUCUGGGAUUUAUUCUAUAAACUUUAUGGGAAAUUCCAGAAAUGGUACAUUAACGAAGAUAAAGAACAGCAACUGGUUUUUAAAACUAGUUCUUUGAAAAAUCUACCUCUACAAUUCAGUUCCAAUGUUCAGUUUAAUACGAUUCAAAUAUUUAAUAUGAAAGAUGAGAAUUAA